UUUUUUUUUUUUUUUCAAUUCACUUUAUUCUCUCAUUCAAUGGUUUCUAUCAAGGCAGUUCUUACUUGUUCUUUAAUUACUUUAUUAAGUGCACAAUGUAUUCAUGCAGCUAUUGCACCUACUUAUCCACAGCCUGGUACAAUUCAAACUGAAGGACAAACAUACGAUGUGACUUGGGAUUUUGAUGGAAAAGAUCCUGAAGUUACUUAUAGAAUUGAUUUUAUGACAGGCUCCAAUGAUCAACAAACUGUCUUGAUGAAUGUUGCCACUGGUGUUCCUGCUAAUCUUUUAAAGUAUCCCUUUAAGGUUCCUCAAGUAUCACCUCAUUCUGCAAUUUAUUUCUUUAUGUUCACAGGUACAAAUGGUGAAAUGGCUUGGACAACUCGUUUUGGUAUCAUUCCUCCAGGUGGUACUUUAUCUCCUGAACCUAAUCGAAAUGAACCUAAUGGGGAUCCUAUUCCUUGGGGAAACGGUACCCUCGUGAAUAACGUAUCAAUUGAUACAAAUGUAAAUGCAACUCAUUCUCUCAAUGCUUCUGUUUCUGUUUCUGCUUCUGCUAUUGUUACUGCUACCUCCACUUCUACUACCACAAUUACAACGCCUACUGUCGAUACCACUACUGUUCCUGUAAGCAGUUCGGACGCUGCAGCAGUAGCUAUUACAACCGCAACUACUACUUCUACUGCUAAAACUACUACAGUUAAUAUGAAUGCAUCAACUACAAGCAUGGCUUCCAAUCAAGAUGUUGCCGACAGUGCUGCCAAUAUGAUUAAACCUUUGUUCACUUCUUUAACUCUACUUGUUGUUGCUUAUCUUUUUGUUCUUUAAGUAUAAAAAUAUACAUACACACAUACAUACAUACAUACAUAUUUCAUAUCGUAUCAUAUAAUUGUCAUAUAAUUUGUAUUAUUAUUAUUUUAUUAUUAUAAUUAUUUUUUUUUAUUAGAUAAUAUUUUUUAGCUUGCC